ACUCCUAUAACUUCCCUUUCAAGGCCAAUCUCUCUCUCUCUCUCUCUCUCUAUCUCUUAGAUUUUCUUUCUUUUUUCUUUUUCCUUUUCUUUAAUUUAAGCAAUUUUCUAGUUUCCACUCCUUUACAACAACGCCAAGAAAAAAAAAAAAAAAAAACGCUUCUUCUUUCUCUCUCUGAAGUAAAAGCCGUUUCUGUUUAACUUUCUCUUCAUCAAUAUCUGUGAUGGUCAGACUGGUGGUCUUGGCUGUGGCUGUGGUGGUGGUUCUUUAGACGCAGAAGGAAAAGAUGGGUUCUUGCGUUUCUGUCCACAAGAGCGCCCCAGAGUCGGCCAUGAAACUAGGAGUAUCGUUUGGGUCCAAAACGGACAAUCUUGUAAUUCCAGAAUCACCCAUCAAGGAUAAACACGUCAAUGUUGACCCUCCAAUCAAGACUUUUGCGGACUGUGGAAGCAAAGAUGAGACCUUUUUUGAUUCCCAACCUUGGUUAGAAUCAGAUUGUGAAGAUGAUUUCUUCAGUGUCAAUGGUGAAUUUACUCCAUCCUGUGGCAGUACCCCAGUUCAUCAUAACUUUUUCAUGGGGACCCCCAAAAUCAACAAAACCACCUUGGAAGACAGACCUCCUGGUUCCAUACCUGAACCAUCCCCAACAGGGAAGAAGAAGAGACUAUCUGAACUAUUCAAAGAGAGUCUGAGAGAAGAACCAGAAGCUGAUGACCUGCAUAACUCUGGCAAGCAGAAUACUGCCAAUGGGAAGAUAGAAGUCAAGCCAACCAUUCUUGAUGUUCUUCCCAAAUCUGCUUCUGGCACACCUUAUAUCUCUGGACCUAACAGUGUCUGUGGUAGUGAAAGGACUGCUAAUGGAGAUGCCUUAAUUGAGAGAGACAAAUCCAUUAAAUCUGCACAAUGUUGCCUUCCAAGCUUGAUUUCUCGAUGUAGUGCCGGUGAGAGGAAGAAGAAGAUGAGUCCAGCUCCGGCUAUUGCUGUAAAUGAUAAAGCCUAAUUUUUGCUAUCUUUAAUGCAAUAUAAAUGGAAAAUGCUAGGAUUUCAAUCCCCCUGAGGUCAUAAGAUAUAUGCAUCCAACCUCACUACAAUCGGAUUGUGCAAGUACAAUGGAACUUUUCUUAUGUGGAUUAAGGGCAUAUGUAAAGCUACAAUGGUAGAGAUGUAUAAUGUCAAACUCCAGGAAUUUUCUUUGUAUCUCAAGGUGAAGUUACCUCCUGAAGUUCCUAGAUAUUGUUUAGCUCUAGAGGGAAAUUGAUUUCCGAAGAUAUUUUCUGCAAUAAGAGAAGAUCAUAAAUUGCCCUUGUAAUGAUACCUAAGUUAUGGAGGAAAAUGUACUAAAUUUGCAUUCUCCUUUUUUUGUUAAACGUAAUUAAGGAUUUUUUUUUU